CCCUUUACUUCACUCUCCUUCUUGCCUCUUCUGGAACCAACCCCAAUCUGGUACGCGUACGAUACGAAGCUCACCUCUUGGCUCGUCCAUGGCCUUCGCUCACUACCUCAUAGCUGUCCCCGUCGAAGCCUUCACUUCUCAGAAAACUUCAAUUUUGACAGCAUCAGCAGCUUCGUUGCCGUUGUCAUCUUCUUCUCCGUCUAGCUCUCUGCUUCCCGCACUUUUCUCUUCUUCGUCUUCUUCCUCGUACUCUUCUCUCAAGUCCAAAGCUUGCAAGCUCUCUGUCUUCCCCAAACUCCGAAGAAUUAGCCACAAAGCUAAGACUAAGCCACAAGAGUCUGAAGUCAGUUUAGCUGCAGAUACCUUUACUCAGUUUAAGCAUAUGCUUCUACCAAUUACAGAUGCGAAUCCUUACCUCUCUGAAGGAACAAGACAGGCUGCAGCAACUACUGCUGCUUUGGCAAAGACGUAUGGGGCUGAUAUUACUGUAGUCGUUAUUGAUGAAAAGGAGAAAGAAUCCUUGCCAGAGCAUGACACUCAGCUCACAAGCAUACGGUGGCAUCUGUCUGAAGGUGGGUUCCAGGAGUUCAAGUUGUUGGAACGACUAGGGGAAGAGAAAAGGCCAACAGCUAUCAUCGGCGAGGUUGCUGAUGAUCUGAAUCUGGAUUUGGUAGUUAUGAGCAUGGAAGCCAUCCAUUCCAAGCAUGUGGAUGCUAAUCUGUUGGCAGAAUUCAUACCUUGCCCUGUCUUACUUCUGCCGUUAUAGACUGGAAGCCAGUAAUCCCUCUAAAUGAGUUAUUAAUCCGUAGCAAUUAGCGACUUCUGACUUUCUCUGGGUUCACUCCUGUUUAGCUCUGGUUUUCUUGCUAUUCGGGUAGUUUUUCAUUUACUAUUUGCAGUUAAGCUUGCUUU